AUGCGUUUCCCGAGAUCUCUCCUACUCCCUAUUUGCCUUGCCUUUGUUCAAGCCUAUCCUACUCAGAACACAAACAACAGUUCUAUUGUCUUGUCCGCCCAAGAACAAACUGAAUUGUCACCGGUGAUUGCUAGCUUGCAACAGUUUAACCAAGAACUUGGGUUUGAAAAAAGACAUUUGUUUGAUAAAAGAUCAAACAUCCCUGUGUUGGAUAAGGUUUUGACAUUAUUGAACGAUACCAACAUUGCCAACAUCGUUAUUAAUCAUGUGUUGUUAAGUCCCACCUUAUUGGACCUUUCUACUAACGCUACGAUUUUCGUUUUGAGAUUGAACUUGGUAAACUAUGACAACUUGUUUAUUGCAAUUGAAAAGUCGGGCUUGGUCAACCAAUUAAUUUUGGCAGCCUUGGAUAAUCCUAAUACUUUACCUGGUGUGCUUAGGCUCAUCGAUGACUUGUUGAAGGAUAACGGUAUUAAUUUUUCUUCUUUGACUUCUCACAAAAGACAGUUGGACUUUGAAACCUUCGCACCUGUUGAGAGGAGAGAGAGCAAGACGUUGACCAAGAGAGAAAGUGAAUUACUUGACGAAUUGUUUACAUCGCUCAGAGAUUCUGGUUUGGUUGUGUCUGUGGUCCUGAACUUGUUGACCAACCCUGACUUGGCUGCACCAUCGGCUCAAUUCUUGACUGAAAUCUUGAGGUCCGGAGCCAUUUCUGUCCCUGAGGUUUUACAGGCUCUUAUUGAAUCUGGUGCCUUGAUCAAUAUUCUCAAAGACGUGUUGACUGACCGUGCUAUCUUGGAAAAAGUUGCUCAAAUUGUGGUUGACAGAAUUUCCAAAGGUAUUAUUCCCAAGAAUUUGUCUGACCAAAUUUUUCACCAGUAAAUAAUUGUUGUUUCCUAUGUAGUUUUAAUAAAUGUUUAAUAGCUAAAA